GUCAUGCUGUGGCAUCGUACAAUGACUGCUGCGAUGUCCUCAAUACAGCGAAGACUACCUUCGUCCUCGUGGUUCUUGGCGAUAGCCAUCAUCAUCGGAGCGUACGCGUUCCCGGUGCUGUCCUGGAAACCCAGCCCUGGGGAAAUCGAUGCCGCCGCGGGGAGGGCCAGAGAGUUCCUCAGAGAGAAGCGACACAGUGACCUACGCAGGACCAGGAGGGACACAGGUGGUGGAGCCGAUGUCUCGCAAAGGGCGUCCAGCGGCUGCCCCUUCGCCGCCCAGCAGCACGGUCACUCUCGCCGAGCUACGAGGGCGGCGGUGCAGCACGCAGAGGUGGCACGGCUCUUCGAAGAAACCACCAGGCAGCUGCUGAGCAGUCGCAGCGGUGAGGAGGCCCGGCAAGACGCCAGUUCUCUGGCUGGCGCAAGUGUUUCUGGAACAGCGCUGGCAGAUGCCUGCCCGCAACCAAACCUGGCAUGCAAUGCCAACAAGAAGUACCGCGAAGCUGACGGCAGUUGCAACAACCUUCAGAACCCGGGAUGGGGACGGGCGGGCUCUUGCAUGACACGCCUGCUGACGCCCGCCUACAGCGACGGCGUAGGUAAACCGCGAGUGGCUGCAGACGGAAGUGCGCUGCCCAACGCGCGCAAGAUAUCCUACACUGUUCACCCCGACGUCAAUAACCCGGCCACUGACAUCACGCACAUGGUGAUGCAGUUCGGACAGUUCAUUGACCACGACUUGGCCCUGGCACCACAAGAACCGGAUCCCCAGGAAAUCGUAAACCUCGGAAAUCCCAGCAAUGUGAUCGACUGCUGCUCCCCCUCCACGAUUAACAUGGCCGAGUGCUUUUCCAUCGCCAUCCCAGCCGACGACCCGUUCUUCGCCGCCUUCGGGAAGACGUGCAUGAACAUGCCCCGCUCAGCGCCUUGCACCCGCUGCACACUGGGAUACCGGGAACAGCAAGAUAUUCUUACCUCGUACAUCGACACCUCACAAAUCUACGGCAGCAGUCAGAAUGACACAAUGCGGCUGCGACUUCUUCAGGGAGGUCUGCUUAAGUAUCAACAAACCACACAAGCCGGCACGCUUCUUCCCCGAAGUUUUUAUCCCAACAUAGACAGGUGCAGCGACCCAACGAGGAACCGGUACUGCUUCCGAGCUGGGGACGAGAGGGUGAACGAGCACCCUGGCCUGACCUCCGUCCAUACCAUCUGGCUUCGGCAUCACAACUUGCUGGCGCGGUACAUUGGCCAGUACGUGAACGCGAACGACGAGACGCUCUUCCAAUUGGUCAAGCGUAUUGUGGAGUCGCAGUUCCAGCACAUCGUCUACAGCGAGUGGCUGCCAGUGAUAAUAGGGCCGGAUGCCAUGAGCUACUAUCAGUUGGUGCCCAAAACGUCCGGAUUCACAACCUACGAUCCCAGCGUGGACGCCACAAUGAUCAACGAAUUCGCCGCUGCGGCGUUUCGUCUAGGUCACACACUCAUCAACGGAAGUUUCCUGCUGGACACGGUCAACGGGCUCUUCACGUUUGAUCUCCAAGACAAUUACUUCUUCCCGUUCAACUUUUACAACGGCGACCUCGACGACGUCCUCCUCGGGCUUAUUAAGCAACGUGCUCAGACAUUUGAAAAGUUUGUGACGACUGGCGUGACUCGACACCUGUACCGGCUUCGCAACGAGAGCUUCGGACUCGACCUGAUAGCCAUCAACAUCCAGAGGGCCCGGGAGCACGGGAUCAGGCCCUACGUGGAUUAUGUCAAGUUUUGCGGCAACAUAGACAUCACUUCUUUCGACCAGCUGAAACAGUACAUCGACAACAACGUAGUCGAAUUGUACAAGCAACUUUACAAGAACGUCCGUGACAUCGACCUCUUCACGGCUGGCAUCUCGGAAUUCUCCGUUAGCGGAGGGGUCGUGGGCCCCACCUUCGCCUGCAUCCUGGGAAAUUUCUUUAGGAGAGCAAAGUACGGCGACCGCUUCUACUACGAACACGGAGGACAGGCCGGCUCUUUCACGUCAGCACAGCUGAAUGAAAUCCGCAAGACUACUUUUGCCAGGAUUUUGUGCGACGCUAGCGACAGCAUUCAAUCGCUACCAAGAAAUGUUUUCCGUCCCGUUGGAUCAACCAACCCAAGCCAACCUUGCACAGUAAUGCCACGAACGGAUGCGUUCAAGUGGCUGGUGCCUCGUAGGAGGCGCUACUGAAGAUCGAAGACCAUGGCUGGACGCCCGCUGGCUAACGCCGUCGCCACCUGUCAAAACAUUCCGGUGCCCAAUUUCUCCCUGUGGUUUUAAACGUCCUAUAAAAAAAAACGUCUUUCUAGCGACAUAAUAAAAUAAAAUAAAACACGUUG